AUGGAGGGUUUAAUCCAGCAUUAUAGGUUAUUUGUGGUAAUGCUAAUGAUACUUGCUGGGGCUUUACCAUCUGGUUUUUCGCGAACAACCCAACGCUUUCAAUUUAAUGUUGAGUGGAAAAAUGUAACCCGUUUGUGCAGCACAAAGCCACUUCUAACAGUGAAUGGAGAGUAUCCUGGGCCAACCAUUGCUGUCCAUGAAGGUGAUCAUGUUGAAAUUAAGGUGACUAAUCACAUUGCAGACAACACCACCAUCCACUGGCAUGGUAUAAGGCAACUAAGAACAGGAUGGGCAGACGGUCCAGCUUAUAUCACACAAUGUCCCAUAAGAGGUGGCAAGUCCUACACCUACAAGUUCACUGUACAAUACCAAAGAGGCACUCUUUGGUGGCAUGCACAUUAUGCUUGGCAACGAGCUUCUGUUUAUGGCGCCUUUAUCAUCCAUCCGCGGAUGCCGUUUCCAUUUUCAGCUCCAAUUCAAGAUGAAUUCCCCAUUAUAUUUGGUGAAUGGUGGAAUGGAGAUGUAGAUGAAGUGGAAAAUGAAAUGGUGAAGUAUGGAGGUGGGCCUAAUAUUUCAGAUGCUUAUACCAUAAACGGUUUGCCAGGACCAUUCUAUCCUUGCUCCAACAAAGAUACCUUCAUCAAAACUGUGGAACAUGGCAAAACUUACCUGCUUAGAAUCAUCAAUGCAGCACUCAAUGAUGAGCUUUUCUUCGCUGUGGCUAACCACACAUUAACGGUUGUGGAGAUUGAUGCAGUGUACACCAAACCAUUCACAGCCACAGCCAUUAUGGUAGCUCCUGGUCAAACUACCAAUGUUCUGCUCACUGCAAAUCAAGUUCCUGACUCCUCCGGCACGUUUCUAAUGGCAGCCUGGCCUUAUCUCACUUCCGUUUUUCCUUUUGAUAAUUCUACCACAGCUGGCUUCUUGCGUUACAAAAACACAGUGACUGAAAACAUUAAGCAUCCGCAGAAGAUGCCUAGUACUUUUGAACCAAACAAAUACAACCUUCCUAAAAUGGAAGACACCAAGUUUGUGACUAAAUUUUCUGACAAGCUCAGAAGCCUGGCAUCUCCUCAGUAUCCAUGCACUGUACCUAAAACUAUCGACAAGCGAGUUGUGACAGUUGUAAGCCUUAACCUUCAAGACUGUCCGGCUAACAAGACCUGCAAGGGGUAUGAAGACAAGAGAUUCUUUGCUUCAAUGAACAACCAGUCCUUUGUCCGUCCCUCCUUGUCAAUAUUGGAAUCUCAUUACAACAAACUCCGAAACAAUGAGUACUCCACCGAUUUCCCAGAAAAGCCUUUAAAGCCAUUUGAUUAUACAGGGGUGGAUCCAGUGUCAGAGAACAUGAACACUCAAUUCGGUACAAAAAUUUUGGAAGUCCCUUUUGGCACAAAUUUAGAAAUUGUGCUGCAGGGUACAAGUUUUCUUAAUGUGGAGAACCAUCCAAUUCAUGUUCAUGGCCACAACUUCUUCAUAGUCGGAAGGGGGUUUGGGAACUUCAAUGUUGCCAAGGAUCCAGCAAAAUACAAUCUAAUUGACCCUCCAGAAAGAAACACAGUGGCAGUUCCAACUGGAGGAUGGGCUGCAAUUCGAUUCAAGGCCGACAACCCGGGAGUAUGGUUCAUUCAUUGUCAUCUUGAAGAGCAUACUUCCUGGGGUCUUGCCUCAGGCUUAAUUGUCCAAAAUGGUCCAAGAGCAUCUCAGUGUGUGCUUCCUCCCCCUAAAGAUCUUCCCUCAUGUUGA